AUGAGCCAAAAUUCAAGAAGAAGUGACGCGACGUCGACGGGUGAAAACGAUAACAAUGCAGUAAAUGGCGAGGAGUCGGUGUCCUCGAUGACAAUAAUGACGGCGAGCCAGCAGCCGUCAAACGUAAACGGGGAAGGUGAGGAGUUCUCCGGGAACAGGUCGCCGUACAGUGAAUCUGCUGAAGACAAGGCUGACUCUGCGGGUGAUAAGAAAUCUUUGAACGCGAGUACCAACAAUGUCACUCCGGUGAACAAGAACAAGUCGAAGAAGCGCAAAAAGACUCCCAGAGACGCGACAGCACCCAAGCAACCGCUCACCGGGUACUUCAGGUUUUUAAAUGACAGGCGUGAUAAAGUUCGCAAUGAAAAUCCUAAUAUGUCAUUCGCUGACAUCACCAAGGCUCUGGCUGCUGAGUGGAGCUCGCUACCGGCUGAUCAGAAACAGCAGUACCUGGUGGCUGCUGAACAGGACAAGGAGAGGUACAACCGGGAGUACAGUGAUUACAAGCAGACUGAAGCUUAUCGGUUGUUUAGUGAGAAGCAGACCAUGGAGAAGGUUAACGAUAAGAAGGAAAAUUUGUCGGAAAAAGACAAUGAUGGGUUUUCUGGAUUUGAUAUUCCGAUUUUCACUGAAGAGUUUCUUGAUCAUAAUAAAGCCUGUGAAUCCGAACUACGACAGCUACGAAAAGCAACAUCUGACUGUGAAUCUCAAAACGCAGUUCUCCAGCGUCACGUAGACAGUCUCCACGCAGCAGUAAAUCGACUAGAGUCAGAAACAAAUCAGCAGCGAACCACGAACCAAUCUCUGCAGCGUCAUCUUGAUAUUCUACGAAAUCAAUUGGCCAGUUGUUUCGCUUCAGUCCCUCUCAAAGGAACACACGAUGGUGCCAAUUUACAAAAUAUCGACAGCUAUAUCGAGCGAUUAGAAUUUUUGUUUACCAGCGGCAGCAAUUCAGACACUUCAUUCCGAAACGCGGUGCAAAAUGCUAUUGCCCAAUUCGAUCUGAUAGGAUGA